UCUUUCCUGGGCUGUUUUUUUUGGUUUUGGGUACAAUAGAAAAAUAACUUGUUUGUAACAGAGGUGUCCAAAAAUCUGUUGUGUAGCUAGAUAUCCCUGUUACCUAACCUGAGUUUUUAACUUUUAAUGAGUAAAACCUGUUGCAGUAAGUGUUGCAGGUGUCCAUGAGCCUUAGUGUUGCUGUUGAAAUCAGCUUUGCUGAAAGUUUUCAGUCUAAGUAGGGUGGCAGACAAAAUAGCAAAUACUUAAAAAAACACGGAAUGUUGCAGAGAGUCAUUGUCUUGUUUUUCCUGAAAUACUCAUCUUCAUGUCUUGCAUUCAGUUUGGUUUCAUAAAAAUACAAACUUCUGACACACAGCAAUUGUUGCUAAUGGCCAGUAUCUUUUAGGCUUGGUGUGAUUCUAAAUUUCUGUACUGUGCUUGUGAAUUAUUCUGAUAGUGACCAGUCUGUGCAUAUGGCUGAAAUGAUUGGGAUUUGUAGUCAGUCUUUCUGAAUCCUUCUGUAUUCAUAAGAAACCCUCAGCUUUUCAUCUUCAGGACUAUAAGUUUAGCAAUCUUCUGCCUUUGGGUGAAAAGGUAACUGUUCUACUGGUAAGGAACACAGUAACCAACACAGCAGUAGAGUGGCUUGAAUAUUACUAAAUUCAAAACAUCUUAAAAAUUCCUUAAAUAGUUCUGUACUAGAUGGAGACAAGCUAGCAGAAGGCCUGAUGAGGCCUUUAAAUGUACAGAAACAAUUAAAAGUACUUGUUUUUAUUGGAAGAAAGUUUUUAUACUGUAUUUUAAUCAAGUAACAUGAGUUUGGAGAAGGGAAUAAGCAGGCAUUUAAGUCUACAAGUCUUAUUGCUGUUUAGAAAACUGAAGUGUUAAUACAGUAUUCACAUCAAGGUUACGCCUUCCUUUUCUAGAAUUGUUCAAGAGUCCGUGUUAACCAAAUCAGUAGAAAUGUCUGUAAGCUUUGAACAAGUUUCAGGGUUUUCAUUUAGCUGAUACCUGUGGUAGUUUGCUGAAGUUCCACAGGGCCUACCUGUGUCAUAAUUGUUAGCUAUGUAAUUGCUGGUGCAUGGCAGCUUGAGGUCUGAGCUUUUGAGUAAUGAAGUCUGGGCACCGAGUGCUCAUGACUCCCAACAGCAGCACAGAAAAGGAAGUUUGAGAAACCAUUCUGUUGAGAUGAGUCAGAUACCAGGAAAGGAGUUAAAUGGAACAACUGCUCAAAGGCAAGAUCUGGUUCCUUGUACAACUUGUGGAAGACAUUUUGCACAAGAUGUUCUGCUGAGACAUGAUCCAAUAUGCAAGAAAGUUUUCACCAAGAAGCGCAGGCCCUUCAACUCUUUGAAACAGAGACUGCAGGGGACAGAAAUCCCCACUGUGAAGAAGCAACCCCCACAGAAGAAACAGCCAGGAAAAAAAUCUAACUGGAGGCAGCACCAUGAAGAUUUCAUUAAUGCGAUUCGAUCAGCCAAGCAGGUCACAAAAGCUCUGAAGGAGGGCCGUCCUCUUCCACCUCCUCCCCCACCAAGCAUCAAUCCAGACUAUAUUCAGUGUCCACACUGCUCACGGAGAUUUAAUGAGACUGCAGCAGAGAGGCACAUCAAGUUCUGUGAAGAACAAGCUAUGCGCCGUGCCUUUGCUGCAAAGAUCACCAAGCCGGCUUCGGGCAAGAAACCAGUGACCCAAAGAAAACCUCCAACCUUAACAACUGCUGAAUCAUCACUUCAGAAGAGAGCACAAGAAGGUGCCAACACAGACAAACCUAGGCCUGAGACUUCUUCAGGAAUACAGCGGAAAACCAGAAAAUAG